AAGAGCCGGGUUCCUAAAAGAGCCGGGCUCCUGAAAGAGCCGGACCCCGCAGUGCGGGGCGCAGGGAGGGGGCUGCUCCGGCAUGGAGCUGAUGGUGCUGCUCAAUGCCCUGGUAACCCGCCUGCUCUUCGUGUUGCACUCCCUCAUCGGGGUCUGGAGAGUGACUGCCGUGAAGAAAGAACCCAAGUACUGGCUGCUGGCACUGCUCAAUCUCCUCCUGUGCCUGGAGACAGGGCUCACCCUCAAGUUUAAGCAAGGSAGAGGCUACAAAUGGUUUUCACCAGCAAUAUUUUUAUAUCUGAUUUGCAUAGUACCAUCACUAUGGCUACUAGAAAUUCAUCAUGGGACUCAGUACUGUGGCAAUGAGCCUGGGGCAGUUCAGGUGAACAUCAGCAACCAAGACUUCAAUCAAUCCAGAGACAACAGUGGAAGUGAGGGAACAGAUCACCACAUCAUACAGACGGCUAAAGUCUUUGUCAAUCAGCUCUCCACAAUCUGUGAGACUGUAUGGACAYUGGCCCUCCACCAGACAUUUCUGCUGCUGCUAGUAGUCGGGAGAUGGCUUCUCCCCAUUGGAGUUGAAAUCACCCGGGAUCAACUGUCUCAGCUGCUUCUCAUGUUUGUGGGAACAGCAGCAGAUAUACUUGAAUUUGCUAGUGAAACCUUGGACAUUGAGGAUGUUCGGAAGAACUACGCUCUCAUAAAUGCAAUUCUUGCUGUGUGGACCUGGAGUAUGUUACAAUUCCCACUUGAUCUUGCAGUACAGCAUAUUGGCUGCAAACCAAGCACAUCGGCCAGGCGGAUCCCCAGCCUGCUGCUGUGCAGGUACAGCGCAGAACUCUGGAACAUUGGGGUCAGCCUUUUCAUCCAGGACGGCCCCUUCUUCAUCGUGCGUUCAAUUCUGAUGGGCCACUUCAGAAUAUUCAAUCAGAUGCUGGUAUUUUUUACAGCUAAGAAUAUCUUAGUUGUGACUCUACAGUUGUAUCGUCUGGCAGUGAUAUCGUUAGACUUCCGUGCUACUGUCCUGCAGAAGAGCAGGAAAGGAGAAGUCUGUUGCUGCCCAUGUGAACCUUAUGAGGCUCAUGCUCAYGCUGCUGGCCACCAGGAGAAUGAAAUGAAAGAGUUGGUUGUUUUUCCUCCAAAAGAGGAAUCCCAAGCUCCAUCAGAAGAUCACUGAGCAGYUCCUGACUUGGAAGAGGUUGCAUUUCCCGCAGCUUCUUCAGAGGGGCUUUGCCUGUUUCUAUGAUCAAAYACACCCUGAGUGCCUAAGUCAUCUUUUGCAUCAAGAGAACAAUAAUUUCUUCGAAAUUGUAGGGGAAAUUUCUCAAGCAAAUUAAUAGUAAUGGGACUUUCUUUUUAAUCCAUUUAUACGGUGGGUUUUGACUAGUUCCAUAUGAUAUUAUUCACAGGGAUUUUGUAGCYAUAGUUUGUAGUAGCGAGAAAGGUUGGGAGCAUUAACAAGACUGGUUAUUGCCAUUGGUGGCACUGUGCUGAYGGCUGUACUUGCAUGCAUUCACACAGAGGGACAAGCCCAUCCUUUAUGGGAAGCACUAAAGCAUUGAGCUCUAUGGAAUGGUUGGACUAGAACUGCAGUGUGAUGAGCAAGAUGGUCACUGUGCACAGGAGGAACUUCAGCAGCAACAACCAUGCAGGCAUACAAAGGGAGAGAGAURACACAUUUCUGUUGUUACUGUGACUUGUUCAUUCCAGAAAUGUAAGAAAACCUUCUUCAAAUGUUACCUCAUCUUUGGCUGGACUCAGUUAAGGACUAUGCAACACAUGAAACUGCAUACAAAACACUCUUACAACCUGCAUGGUCUGAAUARCCUAAACCUUAACAAAAAGAAAAAAGCAGCCCCCCAGACCAUUAGAAGACAACUACAUUUGCUACAGGCAGUUUCUACAGUUACAUGCCUUUCUACUUUUGCCAGUUAAAACACACACGCACAGAACGCACAUUGACCAAAACUCACCAAAAUACUUGCAAAUACAUUUUUUUCCUCUUGAUUUUACUGUUCUUGCAGUUGGGACAGKUUUUUUUAAUGUCUCCAUUUUGUAUGAUUUUAAAAGUGGCCUGACCCAGGCAUACAAUCUCUCUAGGAAGAAGAGGGCACUGCUGCUCAAGGCAAUUUUAGCCAAAGGAUUCAGUCAUGCACUUGAUCCAUAAAGCACCACAAGGUCCCAUGAAAUAACCUGAAACAUUGUCUGGUCUGGUGAGGGUCAAGAUCCAUUUUAAAGAAGUGGCUAAUAAUUAAUAAUUUACUGCUUUCACAUUUGGAGUGAGCAACAUAGGCCCCARUUUCUCCCGGGGACACACUUGAGAUCAGUGUAAGACCAUUGGCUUUGCUGGACUUARCUUAGAGAAGCUGAAAGUAAGAUAGUGAUUUUUGAAAGUCUGCCUAAAAAUUAUAUUGUCACAUAACAUGGCAGGUGCUUUUACAGAUUUCUGCAUCCCUUCUGAAAGAGAGCAGGAAAGCAUAUAAAKUGACCUAAUUAAGGUAAUUUCCCGUAUUAAAACCACCCAAUUAAACCUUAUUUUCUAAAGUUU